AUGGAAUAUCAAGGAAAUCUCUAUUAAUAGGAAAGAAGAUAAGAACUUGAAAUAAUAGUUGAAUACAAUAAAUUCCUUAAAAUCAGUGAGAGGUAACUUCUCUUUAAGAACUUUAGCAAAGAUUUGAAUAAGAAAUCCAAAAUUUAUUCCAUUUAAGAAUCGAGAAAUUAAUAGGAAUUCACUUAUUCUGAUUACUUAACAAGAACACUAAUUCAAAAAUGGGAGUUGAGUCCUGAGCUUAUGUGUGUGUUUCUGAUUAUUUCAAUAAAACUACAAGAAAGGGUGAAUAAAUAGUUCACCUAAAUCUGGUUUACACUUUAUACCAUUUUUGAGGAACACACUGGAAACGGACAUUAUUGA